CUGUAUUGUCCAUACAUACAAUAAGAAACACCUUCAGAGAUAAGGCUGGAGCGAAUCGGUCUUUAUCAGCAUUUCCACUGAACGCUUACGCCGGAGAGCAGUGCAAAACGGAGCGGAUGGUAAACACGACUAGAAAAUGAACAAAGAGUGGACCGGAGAAUAAGAAGGCGAAAUAGCAAGACAGAGAGAGAAAGAGAGAAAAAGAGGGAACGAAAAGCACAAGUUAAUAUGAGUGAAUAAUUAGCCAUAGGCGGUUCAGUCGACACAACAUGCGGAAUAUUAGAAAUCUCAAGGAUCCCACGACCUGGACGUGGCUCCACCUCUUGCACCUUCUAAGCCUUCUCCUCUACGCUCAGGCAGAUGUGGCGAAGGAGUUUUGUGGGGAAUAUGGCACUACCAUCACCUGCGAUUGCAAUAACUCCGAUCAGCCCAUGGCCUUGCCACUUCUUAAGGGCUCUGUCUACAUGGUUGAGAUUCGCAAUUGUCGGGAUCUUGUGGUGGAUGCCAAUCGUCUGGCGGAUACAAUGGAUCUACGAAAGGUUACCUUUCGUAAUGUGGGACAGCUAGUGCUCCGCGAGCAUGCACUUAGUGUGCCCCGCUAUGCCAGCAACAAAGCUCUGAUCGUUGAAUUCGAACAGACCAACCUCAAGCUAAUCGAAUCGCAUGCCAUCAAUGGCAACAUCGAGGAGAUCUCAUUCGUGGGCGGAAGGAUAGACCUGAUGAAGCCCUUCGGCUUCACCACCACCAAGGAUAGUGCCAUAUUGCUCAAGUUAGAUGGAGUAACCAUACAGCGGAUCGAAAGUCAGGCCUUCAAAAAGUUCGCCGUGGAGCAGAUGAUCAUCGCUAACUGCCAGUUCCUGGGCGAUCUGCCCACCCGAGCUUUCUACGAACUUGAGGUAACCAACGAGUUGAGUUUGCGGGGCAAUCAGUUUCAGGAGAUCCACUCCCAUGCCUUCUCCUUUAAGCUUGUCUCAAAGUUAAGCCUAAGUGAUAAUCACUUCGUAUCCGUGGAUGGCGAGUGGUUGGAAGCCCAAAUCCGGGAUGCAGUGACUAUAAGAGGAAACGAUUUUGGAGCCACCAGUGAGAUUGCCUUCCGCAGUCUCACCGUUCAUCGUUCUUAUCAGCUUAGUGAGCACCUGGAACUGCGUUUCCACAACAACAGCCUGCGAAGCUUGCGUCCAGGAGCAGAUCCCAGUGUAGAUCUGGCAAAUGGAGCGGAAGCAGCACCGCAGCCCCUGCGUUUCGACGACAGAUUCUCACUUAGCAUCCGGGAUCUUCGCUAUGAUAACUCCUGGAACUGUGAGCAGCUGGACAGGAAUGUUGAGCCACCAUUGCCGCGUGCUGACUUUUUCCGAAUUCACAGCGAUCAGCUGAUGUUCUAUCCACCAGAUUCCAAUGGAGAACGCCAGAGUCAUCACUAUAUGCCACUGCGAAUGCUGAUCACGGAUCAGUGUCGUGAGCAGAGCUAUAUGGCUUAUAUAAUCUCGGGUAGUGUAAUAUUGGGAUUACUACUCCUUCUGUUGAUCCUUUUGCUCUGGUGGCGAGUGGUGCAAAAGCGACGACGCCGCAAACUGGACGUAGUGCAGCCGGAACCGCGCACUUACAAGGAAACCCAGAUCGUAUACCAAAUCGAGAAUGCUGGCCUGCUAAAGACUGAUUUGUAGACAGACGCCAAGGAAAGACACUAAGAGGAAUGUUUAGGCAACCUUUGACCUCGAACAGAACCUCUGAAAUCAUAGAGACAUAUAGCUGAAUGAAG